GUUGAAAUGACUUAAAUUACCAUACUUGCAGGGAUGUGACUUCAUCUUUCGUCUUUGUCUUUCUUAUCUUUUGUAGAAGAUGGAGAGAGCACAUACUUUGCAGGUGCCAGAAACACACACCCAUAGCAUGCUGCAAGGGAAGGAGUGAAACUCACCCUCUUUUCCCUCUUUUUUGUCUUUCCUUCCCUCUCUCUCUUUCUUCUCCUCUCUCUCCUUAUUUCUAUUUUCACCUCCUUCACUGUGAAGUACUAUUAUCACAUACAACAUCCCUUCAACACUUCAAAAUCUCACUCACACAGGGCCAUGUACACACUCUCUUUCUCACACACAUAGACACACAUAUGGACACUCAUUCCUGUUACUCAGUGUUCAUUCCUGUUACUAAAUUUAUUUAUUUAUUGUUAAACCACUGUUUUCAUCAGUUUUAUUUGGUCCAUCAUUUAUACAAUUGUUAAAUAAAUUAAAUUAUUAAAAAACUGAUAUACUUGAGGCUUCUGUCUUCUUUUAAAUAAAAAAAAAAUGUUUUUAAAAUUUUAAAAUUAAAAUACAACUCAAUAUAAAGUGAUUCUUUCGUAACAAAUAUUAAUUAUUUGAACAAAUAACCAGCCAUUUCUUUAAAAUAAACACUUUCUUGAGGUGAAUACAAAGGAAUUAAUUGACAUGCUUUUAAAACAGCACAUGAGUUUUGGUAACAGGACUGAGAAAACAUGUAUCCAUCUUCAGCUUUGAAACCUUGUAAAAAAUUAAAUAAAGUUGCCUGAGAUUGACCAAUACACAUUUUGGAUAGUUACAUAUGUGUAGUAUUAGAUUCAGUGUUAAAAAAAGAUAAAAAAUAAAAUUUCAUUUUGAAGAGUUUCAACGAGCAAAUGUCACCAAAUGGCCAAACUAUACUUUGGGGGCAAAUUUGCGCAAUAUAUUCCUGUAACUGAGACAGUGGCACGUGGUAGUAGAAACACCAUGGUUUCAAAACUUCGAAUCAUAAUGCCUUGAAUCAAUGUAAUGCAAGAGGGAUGAAAGCGCCACCUGCUGGCAGAGAGUGACAUUGCAUUUUCAUGAAAAGAAAAAGAAAAUGUGCGUAAUUACCUCUGCAGGAAUAUACAGUUCAUGAUGGGAAACACAGACAUGUUGGGAACCUGCUGAAACCUACUUUCUCAUCAAGAAAAUAACACAUUUUCUAAUCAGAUUUACCUGAGCAGCUCCAUGAAGACUGAAUGAAUCAUGGAUGAGACACAAACAUUCAGCCGUGGAGAUUUUUCUCCAGGAUGCAGUCAAUUUGAGGGUGACAGAUCAAUCUCACCGGAGCCCAGCUGUGUGUCCGUGAAGAGUGACCGGUCUAUGGGAGAGCCAAUAAACUUUAAGGGAAAACACACAUCAACUGAUCUGAGUCGAUUUGAGGGUGACAGAUCAAUCAAACCGGAGCCCAGCUGUAUGCCCAUGAAGAGUGACUGGUCUAUGGACAAACCAGUAAACAUCGAGGGAAAACACACAUCAACUAAUCUGAGUCAUGAUUCUAAACUGGUCCAAAGCACAUUUAAAUCAAAUCUGCUGAAGAAGUUUCAGUGUCUGUAUGAAGGAACAGCGAAGCAGGGAAACCCAACACUCCUGAAUGAGAUCUACACAGAGCUCUACAUCACAGAGAGUGAAAGUGGAGAGAUCAAUAAUGAGCAUGAGGUGAGACAGAUUGAGACACAAUCCAGGAGAGCAGCAACAGAGGACACACCGAUCAAAUGCAAUGACAUCUUUAGACCUUUACCUGGACAAGACAAACCCAUCAGAACUGUGCUGACAAAGGGAGUCGCUGGCAUUGGAAAAACAGUCUCUGUGCAGAAGUUCAUUGUGGACUGGGCUGAAGGGCAAGAGAAUCAGGACAUCCAGCUCAUAUUUCCACUUCCUUUCAGAGAGCUCAACUUGAUAAAGGGCAAAACACUCAGUCUUUCAGAUCUUCUUCAUCUCUUUUUCCCUGAAACAAUAGAAAUGGAAAUAUCCAGUGAAGAACAGAAAGUGUUGUUCAUCUUUGAUGGUCUGGAUGAGUGUCGUCUGUCUUUGGAUUUUCAGAGCAAUGUGAUUUUGUGUGAUGUGACUGAAUCAGCCUCAGUGGAUGUGCUGCUGAUGAACCUCAUUGUGGGGAAUCUGCUUCCCUCUGCUCUCAUCUGGAUCACCUCCAGACCCGCAGCAGCUGAUUUCAUCCCUUCUGAGUGUGUCCAUCGAGUGACAGAGGUACGAGGCUUCAAUGAGCCACAGAAGGAGGAAUACUUCAGGAAGAGAAUCAGUGAUCAGAGUCUGGCCAAUAAAAUCAUCACACACCUGAAGUCAUCAAGGAGCCUCUACAUCAUGUGCCACAUCCCAGUGUUCUGCUGGAUCUCAGCCACUGUUCUAGAGAAGAUGUUGAGUGAAGCAGAGAGUGGAGAGAUUCCCAAGACUCUCACUCAAAUGUACACACACUUCCUGAUCAUUCAGACCAACAUCAAACAAGAAAAGGACUAUGAGAAGAAAGAUGAAGACAUGAUUCUCAAACUGGGGAAACUGGCUUUUCAGCAGCUUGUGAAAGGCAACCUGAUCUUCUAUGAGGAAGACCUGAGAGAGUGUGGCAUUGAUGUGACAGAAGCAUCAGUGUACUCAGGAUUGUGCACUCAGAUCUUCAGAGAGGAGUUUGGCUUGUAUCAGGGGAAAGCCUUCUGCUUUGUUCAUCUGAGCAUCCAGGAACAUCUAGCAGCUUUAUAUGCACACAUUUACUUUAUAAAGAAGAACAGAAAUGUGUUUGAACAAAUCACCAAACCAAGUCUGUUGUCUAAGGUUUUAAACGGGAAGAAAUGUCAUUUAAUAUCUGAGAUUCAUCAGACAGCUGUGGAAGAGACUUUACAGAGUAAGAAUGGAAAUCUGGAUCUUUUCCUGCGUUUCCUUCUGGGUCUCUCAUUGGAGUCCAAUCAAACUCUCUUACAAGAACUACUGACACAGACAGGAAGCUGCUCCUACACCAAAGAGGAUACAGUUCAGUACAUCAAACUGAAGAUCAGCGAGAAUCGCUCUCCAGAGAGAUUCAUCAAUCUGUUCCACUGUCUGAAUGAACUGGGUGAUGAUUCAUUGGUGCAGGAGAUCCAAGAUUAUCUGACAUCCGGAAAAAUAAGAGAAACCAAACUCUCAUCUUCACAGUGGUCAGCUCUGGUUUAUGUGCUGCUGACAUCAGAGCAGAAGAUGGAUGUUUUUGAUCUAAAAAGGUUUAUUGGAGCACAAAAUACAGCAGAUGAAGUUCUUCAGAAGUUGCUGCCUGUGGUUAAAGAAUCCAGAUCAGUAAAGUCAAGUUUUUGUGGUGUCAGAGAUGAAGGUUGUGCUGCUCUGGCUUCAGCUCUGAGAUCAAACCCCUCACACCUGAGAAUACUUGAUCUGUCAUGGAAUAAACUAGGAGACUCAGGAGUGAAUCUGCUCUCUGGUGGACUGAAGGAUCCUCACUGUAACCUGGAGAUACUGUGGUUGCGUUAUUGUGGUGUUAAAGAUAAAGGUUGUGCUGCUCUGGCUUCAGCUCUGAGAUCAAACCCCUCCUCACACCUGAGAGAACUGGAUCUGACUGGAAAUAACCUAGAUGCAUCCAAAGGAUAUAUGUUCUUUGAUCUGAAGAUGGAUCUACAUUACAAACUGGAGGUGAAUGGGUUAACAAGAAUCACUAUCAAACCUGAUAAUUUAUUCAAUCAUUUAUCCAAAGUCAAACAUACUUCUACUGAUUCUUCUGAUCAGUGUUUCAAACCUAAGUAGCGUUUGAUGAUAAUCAACAAACUGCUGUUUCCUGCAGCGGGCCUGGUCACACCUCCCUCGAGUGACGUCAUCUGCUUGAGAUGCAGAUCAGCACAGAUGAAGGCACCAUGGCUGAGAGAAAUGCGGGUGGAUUGUUUCCUUGUUUCACUUUUACUUGCAUUAUAAUGUGCAUGAUUUUAUUGUGUUGACUAAAUGUCUAUUAAAAUCUUUUGCUUAAGUUAGAGAUCGUGUUAAAGUGGUGUUUAUGAUUAGCCAUAUAGACUAUGCCUAACCGGUUUGAUUAGAAAAAAUAACGGUUAAUAACAGUUUUUUUUUUUUUUUUUUUUUUACUUUUUUGUUUUUGCAUGUAGCCUACUUAAUAAUAAUAAUAAUAAUAUGUACAGCAUUUUAUUAAUUAAAAAAUAAAUAUGUACUCCACAGCAAAACCUCUAAAGUUAACAGUAGGCCUAUUCAGGCUAUAUAAACGUCAAGCACGAAUUUAACACAUUAAAAAACAUUUCUUUUUUAACAACCUAUAUUUGUCACUUGUCUGUCUGUUUUUCACUUUGUUCGGUUUG